GCCGAAGAGUGGGUUCCACUUAUUGUUCGUGUAGAUUUUAUUCUAGAAAAACCAAAGGCUGGUGUCCAUUUUAAACUUCCUGAUGAUGAUAAACAAAAGUAUAAGUCUCAGUGUGAUCCAUACAUGUUCACCAUUAAUAGUCCGCUGCCCGGUGCAACGAGAUGUUGGCUUCCAUGUCUUGAUCGCAUUCGUGAUCGUUGUAGUUGGGAUUUCUUUGUAACUGUAUCAGAUAUUGAAGGUUUCAAUCCGAUUAUGGUAGUUUGUAGUGGGAACCUUGUUAAAAUGACAAAUUCUUCGACUUCUCCAAAUCAAAAAACAUUUCAUUAUAAUCAGCCAGUUGCUAUUCCAGCACAAUAUAUUGGUGUAGUAUGUGGUCCCUUUGUUAAUCCAUUUGUGUUGGAUUAUCCCCAAGAAGCUCUUCCACACAAUAGGCCAAAGAUAAUCGCCUAUAUCUCUGAAGAAUGGCAGAACUGGUUAAUACCUACCUUAUACCCUGAUGGUGACGAUGAACCUACUGAAGAUACUUAUUGGCUACAUCGUGCAAUGGAUUAUUUUAUCGAAGAAUAUUCCAAAUUUAAUCUACAUCCUGAAUUUGAUAAAAAUAAUCCAGAUGUAAAAUCUGGAAGUUUCCCAUUCAAAAGAUUUCAAAUAGUUUUCGUUGAUCAUUGUUACUCUGAAGUAAAUGUAUGUGCUGGACUUUUAAUAUGUCGUUUGAAUAUAUUAUACAAUAAGAGCAUUAUUGAUCAAAGGGAGAAGACGAGGCGCGCCUUGAUAACUGCGUUGACCCAGCAGUGGUUUGGAAUAUUUAUUCCUCCCUAUUCAUGGCGUGAUUAUUGGCUUGCGGCUGGAUUAUCUAAUUUCUGGGCAAGCAUGUAUUUUCAAAAUAUAUAUGGAAUUCCAGCAUCACGUUAUCAGCGCAAAAAG